AUGGCGAGUAUGCAAAGCCGAAAGAGAGCUCGAACCGACGACCUCUCGCAAAACCACCAUCCGAAUAAGAAGCGCAAGUCGAGAGCCGAGUCGAGAGCCGAACGCCGCGGGCCGUCCAACUUCCCCCCAGAAUUUUGGGACAGCCUACCCAAGGUGCUGCUCACGCGUCGCGCGCUACGAGAACUCGAUCGUCGGAACCGUGCUCGGCCUGCUCCAGUGCCCGCGACCCCUGCAGUCUACACCACAGAUCGCGCCCGUUUCGCAGGACACGGCGGCCCAGAUCUUUGCCAUCUUCGAGGGUACCCAGAACCGGAAAGCGCCGCCCACACCAUGGCUUCCAGCCGUUCAACCGAAUCGUCGAGCCAGAAAACCAACUCGAAAACGACGAAAGCGACUUCCAAGAAGUCAUCGGCGUACGACAGUGCCUUCGAACUGCAUCUCAGUGAGAGCAACAUUUACCUACAUGGCCGGAAAUCGAAGCCCAAGCACAACAUAGACUUAGGCCAGCCAAGUCCGUCACUUUCCCCGUCAAAGUUCUCCGAUGGUGCUUUUGAACGCUUUCAAGAUGAACACGACUAUUUGGGUUCCGAAGGGGAUGUGAUGCGCAAAGUCGUUCCAGUGAUCGCUGGCGACGCGAACAUCCUCAACAGUGGAGAUGACAUACAACGACCAGUGGUGCCGAACUUCUUCUUGGAGGUGAAAGACACUAACGGCGGAGCAAGAGUAGCGAAACGGCAAGCCGGCUAUGACGGAGCCAUCGGCGCCCGCGCGAUGCACGCGCUGCAGAACUACAGUGUGGAGGAGCCCGCCUUCGACGGCAAUGCCUACACUUACAGUUCGACCUAUCACGCCGGCACUGGCACACUCCAACUCGAUAUCGAUACCUUUCGCCGAGGAGCGACUGCAUUCCGGAACGCGCGGGACUUGGCGCAAACGCAUCGCGAUAGCUUCAUCCAAGCGGCGAACGCCAAGGCAUGCCAGUCCGGCGUGGAGGCGCCCCCUGAGCCGGAGACCACGGCUGCAGCGGCGGACCAGUAUGAUGACUCGACUACCGACGAAUUCCUGGACUGCGAGGACUUUGACCACGCUGCACACGAGGAUGUCGACGAAGAGCUUACCCGGGACCCCGCAUCCGUUGGUGCGGAACCCGCCAUGAACUUUGCCACGAGCUUCACGUCUAGGUUCACCGCACAGAGCCAGACCAGUUCGAAGCGGAACAGAGACAGCCCCCCAUCCCGGCCGCGCAAGAAGCCCGACCUGAACAAGACGCCGACACUAGGAAGUACGCACCGACCAGCGGCCGGGUCUUCUGCGCAGAGCUCCGCGUCUUCAGGUUCCACUGUCCCUCUGCCAGCCUUGGCCGAAAAAUCCCGGUUCUGGAGUGGCAAAUAUCAGAAGUGGUAUCAUUUGAACGAGGACGGCAGCCAUAGCUGGGACGAAGGGGAGUGA